UUUUCCCGAAUAAGUGCUAGCGCUAAAUAGUUGGCGCGCGUCGUACGAUCAAUCUAAUGAAUCGCAAUGGUGAAUUGUCGCGUUUGAGCGUUAUCGUAAACGAUUCCAAGUGCGUGAAGUGCAUCGUCAUUUUGUUAUGUGUUUAUCAAGAGAUAUAUCUGAGGUGAAUUACUGGUGAUAACGAGUGAAAAGAGAAAGAGCAGAAAAAAAAAUACGAAGGACUUUUGUCAUGUAUCGCAAGCGGCUUAUAAUCAUCUUAGCCAGCAUAAGCUGGCCGAGAUCCUGAUAGCCAUCGCAGCGACCAGGAUCCGGGAUCAUUCAACAAAGAAAGGAUGCCAGGGGGGCGUAGGGGCCUAGUAGCCCCCCAAAACACAUUCCUGGAGAAUAUCAUACGACGCAGUAGCAGUCAACCUGACAGCAGUUUUCUACUAGCAAACGCUCAGAUCGUCGACUUCCCAAUCGUCUAUUGCAACGAAAGCUUCGUCAAGAUCUCCGGCUACAAUCGUGCAGAGGUUAUGCAAAAGUCAUGUCGUUGUGGAUUCAUGUAUGGGGAGCUAACGGACAAGGAAACGAUUGCCAGAAUCGAGGAAUGCCUCGAGGGUCAGAUUCACGAUCAAUUCGAGAUCUUGCUGUACAAGAAGACCAGUAGCCCAAGAGAGACACCAUUAUGGACUUUUCGAGACAUUACCGCUUUGAAACAACCCAUCGAAACAGACGACAGCAAAGGCGGCCUCUCCAAGUUCGCCAAACUCGCCAGAUCAGUCACGAGAUCGAGAUCGGUUCUAGUUUCUCAGUUCAGCUCCCAUCUGCCGGCUUUGAAAGAUACAGCUGUACCGACUACCACCAAACAAUCGCAUCUGGGUCAUAUGAUGUCCCUAAGCGGCGAUGUUAUGCCACAAUACAGACAAGAAGCACCGAAAACCCCGCCACACAUUUUAUUACAUUAUUGUGCGUUUAAGGCAAUUUGGGACUGGAUUAUUUUGUGUUUGACUUUUUACACAGCCAUCAUGGUGCCGUAUAACGUCGCGUUUAAAAAUAAGACUAGCGAAGAUGUCUCCCUAUUAGUUGUAGACAGUAUCGUUGAUGUGAUAUUCUUCAUCGACAUUGUGCUAAAUUUUCACACAACAUUUGUUGGCGCUGGUGGAGAAGUCGUAUCUGAUCCGAAGGUAAUCAGGAUGAAUUAUCUGAAAUCUUGGUUCAUCAUAGAUCUAUUAAGCUGUCUACCGUACGAUGUAUUUAAUGCCUUCGACCAUGAUGAGGAUGGAAUAGGUAGCCUGUUUUCGGCUCUGAAAGUAGUACGGUUGCUGCGACUCGGUAGAGUUGUACGCAAGUUAGAUCGUUAUCUGGAGUACGGUGCCGCGAUGCUCAUUCUUCUACUCUGUUUCUACAUGUUGGUUGCUCACUGGCUGGCCUGUAUCUGGUAUUCGAUAGGGAGAUCGGAUGCUGACAAUGGGGUGCAAUACUCGUGGUUGUGGAAAUUGGCUAACGUUACCCAGUCACCAUAUAGUUACUUGUGGACCAAUGCCAGCACCGCACCCGAACUAGUAGCUGGCCCGUCACGCCGUACGAUGUAUGUCACUGCUCUUUACUUCACAAUGACUUGUAUGACCUCUGUGGGCUUUGGAAACGUUGCAGCCGAAACCGAUAAUGAGAAGAUUUUCACCAUCUGUAUGAUGAUCAUAGCUGCCUUAUUGUAUGCCACGAUCUUCGGUCAUGUCACCACUAUCAUCCAACAAAUGACGUCCGCUACCGCCAAGUAUCACGAUAUGUUGAACAACGUGAGAGAAUUUAUGAAGCUACAUGAAGUACCGAAAGCUCUUAGUGAGCGCGUCAUGGAUUACGUCGUUAGCACGUGGGCGAUGACCAAAGGCUUGGAUACGGAUAAAGUUCUUAACUACUGCCCUAAAGACAUGAAGGCCGACAUUUGCGUGCAUCUUAAUCGGAAGGUCUUCAACGAACAUCCCGCCUUCAGAUUAGCAUCUGAUGGAUGUCUGCGUGCCUUGGCGAUGCACUUCACGAUGUCACACAGCGCACCCGGCGAUCUGCUCUAUCAUACAGGAGAAUCCAUCGAUUCUCUGUGCUUUAUCGUGACUGGUAGCCUCGAAGUCAUACAGGAUGACGAAGUAGUGGCAAUACUAGGGAAAGGCGACGUUUUCGGCGACAGCUUUUGGACGAAUCCAACGAUCGGCCAGAGUGCAGCGAAUGUUAGGGCGCUUACUUAUUGCGAUUUGCAUACAAUCAAACGAGAUCGGCUCUUGGAGGUGUUGGACUUUUAUCAAGCUUUCGCAAAUUCCUUCGCCAGGAACCUGAUUCUAACUUACAACUUGAGUCAUCGGCUCAUCUUUCGGAAAGUCGCCGAUGUCCGUCGAGAAAAGGAGUUGGCCGAAAGGAGAAAAAAUGAGCCGCAAUUGGAUCAAGCUCAGGAUCAUCUGGUUCGCAAGAUCUUCUCGAGGUUCAAGAGUGAUGCGGAAAGCCAGAUCGGUGUGACCAGGACCGUGAGUGGACGGUCUCAUCAGGAUUCCGACGAGGAGCUCACUGUGAACGUCCUGCCACCCUGGCCGAGUUUUAGAUUUCGCCGCGAAAGACAACACACUGCCGAUGUAGAAAAGGGUGAUGGCAAAGAUGCCAAGGAUGGCGAAACGUCGCAAGCUAAGAAGCUGUCUACCACCGAAGAAGGUGGAACAACUGUUGCAAAAACGCGACCCGGCAAGUGGGGGCGUUUAUUAGGUAGUUCAAGUUUGGACACUGGUAGCGAAUCGGGUACGGCUGGCGAUACAUUCAAGCGAUCUCUUAGCGCAAGAGACUCGCGCCCGAGUUCCAGCGCCGGCACCAACAAAGUCUUCCCGAAGCUAGGCAAAUUGGGAGAGCGCACAAUCGAAGAGAGCGGCGAUAAUAUCGAAAAUCAGAAGGAUGCUCAACAACAACAAGCACCGCAACAACAAACCCUCAGCGUGGACUCAAAGCAGUUGCAGCUGCGACGUCUAGAAAGCUACGAUGGUGGUCUGAUUACACAGCAAUCGAGUCACGAAAGAGAGAUUCUUGCGGCGGUAUUGGAAGUGAAAGUGGAUUUAAAGUUAGAAGUACAAAGGGUAAAUCAGCGGCUAGCCAAAAUCGAAGACAUGCUGCAGGCACUGAUGAACAAAUUGCCAGCCGCCGGAUCGUCCAGUGGUAUUAAUGGCAGUUCUCAGCAACAGAAGAUUCCGAGCUUUACUCUGAGCGGUGUUCAGAGUCAGUCACCUGUCACUCCGAGCGCAAUAACAUUGGUUCAGUCCGCGACUCAGACUACGGAGUAUAGACCAUCGAUCGCUACCACGUCGACAUCCACGACACCGAGCGAGGGAUAUCGGGAGCAGUCGACGACGACGGAGCGAAUAUCAAAGAGCGGUCAGGAACACCACCAUCAUCAUCACCAUCACCAUCAAUCGUCGUCAUCGCGGGAUGUCAGCAAGGAACUGUUAGAGCGGCUUGCGCAGGCUUCCACGUCGCGCGGUGACGAUUCGAAUGCCCUGGGACCGCUUAUCCUGCGAAAACGCCGCAGUAAAUCGCGCAAUAAAGGUGCGGCACCGCUCGCUCCUCUUGCCACGCAGCCGAUGAGCCCAUCAGAAGCCACGGAGACUACCCAGAUGCUUGAGUGUACCGAUGAUCGGGAUUCAAGCAGUGGACCGACCGAUAGGACUGUCACAGACAGAACCGCCGAAAGACCCGACCGUAAAAGACCACCGCCCAGACCGAGGGAGUAUUUGUGAAAGUUCUUCUUGCGUCGAUUAUUUAUUUUCUUCCUCUCCUUGAGACAAUCUACCGCGACGCGGUCAAAAAACUUCAUUCAAUACGCUUGGUAGUUUAGCCUUUCGUAAGAACAUGAGUCCGCUGUACGAUAACGCGCUCACAGUUAUCUUAUUCUAAAACGUUCAUGUAUGUACAUCGAACAAUAGCCAUUGUUUCGUUUCUCUCUCGUUUGUAUAUUUGCAUGCAUGAACAAUGGCACGUAUCGUGGCUUAUCGUUUUCGUGCAACUGGAAGAUCUAGUUGUUCUGGAAGAUCUAUAGUUGUUGGCUUUAUGCGCGUGCUUGAACUUCUUCGAUUACAUUCGAGUAUUGAGUGUGAGUAAGUUUAUUCUGCUUCUUCUGAACAGCGGACAUCUGUUAACGAAUAUAACGAUAAUUAUGUUCAUAUAUCGACUCUGAUAAUAUAGACAUAAAAGAUAUUUAUAAAAAGAAGAGCUUCGUUAAUUGCUCUUCAAAAAUGAGUGGAGGGAAAGGUGAGGUGACUCAAGAUUUCACGAUGAAGCGCCUCGAGCUAAUGAAACGCCAGCGUAGUUCUACUUGGCCAAAAACGGCAUGAUUAUUGAGGAAACGAUGUAAAGAAAUGCAUCUUAAGUACGAAUUACUCGCUAGCGACGGCUUCUUCGAGACACAUCGAAACUCUCCGAGGGAGUGUAUCCAUCCCUGUAUACACAUACACAUAUACACACGUAGGUAGAUAUAGAUUCACAUGCAUCGUAUAGUGAAUUUCACAGUAGAGUUUCAUAGCGAUUACGCUACAUUUCUAAGCCUCUUUCCGGCCACAAGAACAGUCACAUCGACACCAAGCCAUCUCUCUUAAUAAGGCAGCAUGGCAUUUUGUAAUUAUUAAGCCAAGCAUGUGAUUCGUGAUAUAAUUUGUAAUGGUGGUGUAUAACCAGAUUGUCAAGGUUGUAUAGUCGGAACCGACCAAGUAUAUUAAUCUUCAAUAAAUAUCAUAAAGACAUAAAGUGGAUUUUAGGAUCGAGGACAUUGAGAAUAUGUUACAGAAAUAUAAAGUAAAAGCUAAUAUAGUACAAUAAAAUAAUUAAUC